CGCCGGAGGAGAGAGAACCGGAUGUACACACUGAAGCAGCUUCCGCUUUGGAGUCGUAGCUACUCCUGUCAUUCCUGAAUGUGGUGUAAAGCCGGUUUUAAUCCGAAUUAAAGGGAAUAUGAACUCUAUCCGGAGUUUCUGCGUUUCUCACGGGGUUCAUAGAUAUGUACCUUCGCUGCAGAGCCUCAGCGUGGGCUCGUGCGCCGCUGCGAGAGCGCGCUUUAUCUCAAACAGCGCUAAAAACAACCGGGACUAUCUACAAGUUCACACGAACCGAAUCCCGAACCGAAUCCUAAAGCUUCAGCAUCCAACCAGCAACUUCUGCUCCUCCUCAGCUGAAAUGAGGAGCUGCUGGAGCUGCGGAUCUCCUGCCCAGCUUUUUUUCUGCUCAGCCUGUAAAAUCAUCCAGCCUCCAAACCACGGAGCCACCUACUUUCAGAUACUCAACUGUGAUCAGACGUUUGCUGUGGACGUUCCAGAGCUUCAGAGGAGAUACCUAGAGCUGCAGAGAUCUCUACAUCCAGACAACUUCAGCCUCAAAUCACCGACGGAACAGGAAUAUUCAGAGAAGCAGUCGGCGCUGGUUAACAAAGCCUACAGGACCUUGCAGAAACCCGUUCCACGUGCCGUGUACAUGCUGCAGCUACACGGAGUCCGGCUCCAGGAGGGAACCGACGCCACGGCCGACCCAAACUUCCUGCUGGAGGUCAUGGAGACCAACGAGAAGCUGGCGGAGAGCCGGAGCCCGGAGGAGGUGGACGACAUCGGGCAGGCAGUGCGAGAGACGCUGAAAGACCUGACGGAACAGAUGAAUACAGCUCUGAACAAAGGAGACCUCCAGUCCGCCAGAGAACUUUUGGCCAGAAUGAAGUAUUUCGCUAAUCUGGAGGAGAAGGUAAAAGAGAAACUAACAGAGAACUUGUGAGGACGCGGAGAAGAGACUUCCCAUCAUAAAAUUGAAUAUCGUCACUUUUAAAAAUGUGUUGUAAAUUAAUAUAUUUAUAUAUUUUAAAUAAAAAUAAAACUGUUUAACUUGUGUUUUAAUAAA